AUGGAAUCUGAUGCAUCAAAAAUUUCUAAUGACCCAAAGAUUCCUAAGCUCGCAUCUUUAUCAUUAGACUUGAGUACGAAUGAUCAAAAUGGUAAUAAAAUACACGAGAAACAUACAGAGGAAUCAGAGUUUCGAUUGAAAUUUUCUCAAUUAAAAAUCAUGUUAAGAACUUCACUUUCCUCAAUCUUUUAUCGUCGUUCUUCUUUCCCAAUUUUUUCAUCAUCCAUCAUUCGUCAUCGUCGUAAUUACAAAGAUGUCGCUACUGCUUCUUCUUUUGCUACAGAUCCACCAAUGAGACAAAUUGAUGUCAUUACAUGUGCUAGAGAAGAUCAUAGUAUUAUUAGACAUUUGGGAGAAAGAUUUGAUAAAGAAAUGGAUAAUCAUGAAAAACAGAAAAUAGCUAAUACUGUUAUUCUCGCUAUUCAUUCCCAUACUGAAGAGAUUAUCGUUUAUCCCGAACUUAAAAUUUUACAUGAUGGAGAAAAUCUUGCUGAUCAUUCAAGGGAAGAGCAUCUUGAAAUAAAGAAAGAUCUUUCCAAGUUAGAUGAAAUAAAAGUUUCCGAUAUAGGAUAUAAUGAAUUAUUCAAAAAAAUUAUGAAGACAUUUGACAAACAUGCUCGUGAAGAAGAAAAUGAAAUUUUUCCAGGACUUGCGAAUGAAAUCCAUGAAAAUAAACGUAAAGAAUUAGGACGCAAAUUUAUAAUUACUCGUUCCACCGUUCCAACUCGUCCUCAUCCAUCUGCACCUGAUAAGCCUCCCAUGGAAAUUGCCGUUGGUUUGGCCACCGCUCCACUUGACAAGCUUCGAGAUGCUCCACGCGAUUACGUUGAAAUUGAUCGAUCAUACACAAAAUAA